AUGAGGCGGUGAGUUUUCAAGUGUGCUAGUAAAACUAACAUUCACAGAUCUAAAAGUAUUUUGUCAAAGGUUUUCUACUUUCCUUGGAACUGCUAUGUUGGCAGUGCUCCCAUUAGGCUGUGAUUUAGAAAAAAACAAAAAGAUAUGAGGUCCUCCCUGUGGAUUUUAUAAGGUGCAGAAAUUCACUAAGUUAGAAUUUGCAGGGGGGUUAGUGGGAUAAUAAUCAGGCCACAUUAUAAGGAAUUGAUGGUUCAUUUUCCCUGUCAGCAGUAGCAGAGCUUUGCCCAAAGAUGUGCCGACCUGUGCAGAUGGGGUUCAAAGCCAAUUUCCAUGUUAAAAACUCAGCACGGCUCAGAAAUUCCUCUGACUGACUCUUGUUGAUCAGAGUGUGUGACGAGCCUGUCUUUUUAAGCAGGUCUUCUCAUGUUCGUAGAUGGAAGAGAACAAAUGUACAACAAACAAUCCAGCGUGGAUUGAGUGUAGUAAUGGUGUUCUUGUCAUGCAUACCCAGAGGCAAUGACAUUAAGACAAAAGAUAGCUCUGAGUGUGCUGUCAGAAUGUAAAAUGUGGCCCAUUAUAUGUGUCAUACAGUAAUUACACAAACAGUUAAAAGUAGUCCUUUGUUUCAGCUAUACUCUCCCUUUCAUCAGAUGUAUGUCAAGUGUCGUUACAAAGCUUUAGUUUUUGCCAGAAAAUCAGUUCGACCAUUCAUCAUCAGCUCGCAUUAAAAUUCAUUUUCCUUCAGGCUGCUUCAUUUUUUUUUUUUUUUUUUCGUCUACAUGCCCAGUUUGCUCUACGAUAGAAAAUCUGUAAGAAAAAUAAAGAGAUCACAGGACAUGUUUGAUGAGUUAUGAGAUGAACCAGUUCAAAAAAGGAGCAAAAAACAUCUGCCCAAGUAUCAAUCUUAGCAUCCUAAGGACUGCUGCGUUUAUGUCACUCUCUAUCAUGCUGCCUGGAUGCUAUACUUUAUUUUUUUUUUUAGUUUUUAAUCACAAUCCACGGAUUCAGUCUUGUAGUUUGUAAUGUGCAGAGAGGAACAGAAUUACUAAGUUCUGCACAUAAUUACCCUGUCCCAAAGCUGGUCUUUAGUUUUUUUUUUUUCUUUUUGGGAGGGGGGUAAAGCCAUCUAUCUUAAUUGCAAUCACAUAUUCUUCAAGAAGAGAGGCAACUGGAGAACAGUCUCAUUUUUCCCACUUUGUUCUUUGUUCUCUGUUAUCACAUGCCUCUGUGUAAUGCUGUCUGCGCUAUAAGCUGCUAGCCUGCUGCACUGUGCUGGAUGUAUUAUAUCCAUUGAGAUGCCUGCUGGCUGCAGAGUAUUAAACAUGGUGAAAACACAAUCUUGGUGGUGGUCUGCGGGACUAACAAUAGAUAGAGGCAUGAUGACUUAUUAAACACAGCCAACCGGCAGCAUGGCUUUUCUCAUUACCUUUUUUUUCAAUUCCCAACCUAGAAAGCCUAUGGGCCUGGUGACAAAACUCUUGCCAUGUAAUUCUCUCUCUCAGGCUGCUUUCAUCAGCCCAUUUGGUGGAGAAAUAUGAAGCUGAUUUUAUCGUUCUCUAUAAAUUCACAAAAGGCCCUCAAGUUGCCCCCAUGGAAGACAUACCUCAUCUCAGUGAUGUGCCACCACUAUUGCUGAUCCCGAGCAUUUGAUAACAGUCCCUCUCCUUUUUAAUGAUUUGACAGCCGUCACACAUGAGCCCUAUAGACACAGCACUUUUUAAUACACCUUUCUUUGCUUGUUUACACCCGCAGCUCGGAUAAAAGAACAUAAGCCUAUCUCACAUCUUUUUUUUUUUCUGCCAAUAAAUGAUAUAUAUGAAAACCUACAACAGCUUUCUGAUUUUAUCCGUUUUGCACCAUUGCUGGAUAAGAAGCUCUCAAUAGUGAUUUUUUUUUUUCAUUCUUAAGCUUCAAAACUUUUAUUUAAAUAGCAACAUUUUAGAGCUUUUCAUCAACAGUCAGAAAAAAAAAGUCUUAAAGUCUGUUCCUGCGAAAACGGUUUCAUUAAUACACGAAUAAAGAAAAAAUGCACAAUCAAUCAAGUCAGCACUAAACAACAAAAUGACACAUAACACACUCUACAAAUUAGUGUUUGGGAAAACAGAGGAAGAGAAGCUCUAAUAAGACAGUUAAUGUCAUAUAUCAUUAGAUGUAGUGUGUAUUUGAAUGUGGUGUUUUAUUCACUUUACUCUUAUCUGACUCUCUCAUGUGCGUUCUGGCACAUCUGCAGACUUGCUGGCAUACAGCAGGGAUUGUUUCCUUUGAAAUGUUUUCACUAUGGUGUCAUUUAAAAAAAAAACUUUCAUCAUGCAUGGCUACCUAAUCAAUUGAAAUUCAGCUGCCUUCACCCCGAGCUCUGCUGUAACUUAGACUAGCUUUCAUCAGCUCUGCCUUUUUUUUUUGUAAAAAUAGAAAACCUGUUCAGAUGAAAUUUCUCAGUUUGAAACAGAUAUCCAAGCCUCUCUGCUCUGCUGUAUUAAACACACGAGUGUAAACAAAAGUUCCAUAAAUCAUUUUAUUUACAUAAUUUCCAUAAUGAGCUCUAUGAGGGCUCUCAUCCUGGUUAAAACAAGCAGAUAUGUUUGUGUUUUGGUAUAUUUCUGUAGAUAAACAUUAAUGCCUCAUGUGUCAGUGUGGGUAUAGUUUGAACACCGUCUGCUUCUGAUCAGUAACACUCCCCUCAGUCCUAAUUAGAUUUCCUACAUUAUGAUGUUUGAUAAUGCCUCAAGGUGUGGUCCUUUCUAUCAAAACAUUUCUGCAAAUAUUCUCUCCUGUUAACUCUUCGUGGGCCAGCGUUACAUAAUUAUUUCAUAUUUGCUAUCUUCACCUCCAUAGGGAAAAUAUUAUCUGCAAUAAUCAUCGUCAUCAUCAUGAUUCUCUUCCCGCUCUGUUGCCUCCAAAUAAGUAAUUUAGUUGUAAAGCAGCUUCAUUUAUUUUGCCCAUUCAUUUUUCUUCCUAUCAUAUAUCUAAAUACAAAUCUUCAUUUUAUAACUGACAGCUUAUUACCUCUGAGCACAUGCUGAUAAAUUUAAUUCCAAUGAGUUAGCUUCCAUUUUCGGAUCCCAUUAUCCACUAAUGUGGCAGCAGCGCCAGGGAGAGGAAACUUACAGGACCAAGAGUAUAUCUAUAUAUAUUUCUAUACAUAGAUAAAUGCGUUAUUUUUAUUAUUAUAAUUGUGAUAAUAAAAAUAGUUAUCUUAAUUAUUAUUUUUAUUAGUAGUAGUAUUAUUUAUAAUUGCAAAAUUCUGAAUACUUUAUAACAUGUGAACAAUUUUAAUUUUUUAACAAUUUUAAUUCUAAAUUUAAGAAAAUAAAAAGUAAGAAUUGCAGCCAAACAAAAAUAAGUGAAUUUAUUUUCUCUUUUUUUGCAGGAGAUUUUUUUAUUUCUGUCAUUUCCACAAAUUUCCAAAUCCGUGCAGUCCUUGAAAAUAAAGCAGAGCUGUUGGGUGUGCAGUGAAACUUUCAGCUGUGAGAGUGUUUUCUAGUUUGUUUUUCACUUCAUUCAGAGGCAUGGCUCCUUGUCCUUACAUACACCUCGCAGGAGAGCAGCUUUCUGCCAUAGUUUGGGUCUAUUUUGGUGAAGUAAAGAAGUAAGUAAACAAUUAUUAUUAGCUUUGAUGUUGGCCUGAAUAGCACUCAAUUAACAAUGUGGCUAAUGAGCCCAUUAAGGAUGAAAGUGUUCUCAACAGGUAUGAGAGGAUACUGCUGUUUUUGGUCUCAGUUCUCAGCAUUGAAUGCAGCAUGAAUAACCGUGCUCAUUCUCAAUCGCUUCAAAGGCCAAACCUCUACAGCCCCGAGAGCAGAGUUAAAUAAAGGUUUGCUUGCAACUGCUGGAAAAAAAAAAAAAAACACUGAUAGAUAAAUAUUUAGAGCAUGAAAAUAUUCAGAACAACAACACAAAUCCUCGAAAAGUAGCAGAGCAUGAAAGUCAAGCAAAUAUUGUGAAUAAAUAAUUUCUCCCCACUUAUUUUCCUUUAUUUUUUUGAAGCAUAAAUCUUCAGAAUUCCUUAUACAACAGGAAAAAAGCCCAAAGUCAAUUUGUGUAUUUUUUGAAUUCUAAUAAAUUUAGAUUUAAUUACAUUUUGAGUUUGAGUAAAUAUGAGCUUGGCUCAGUAUGUAGUAAUUACUGGGUAGAACAAAUAGGGCUUGUCUGCAGCCGAGAAAGAAAAAGUGAAAGAAAGAGAGAGAAUGUGAUGCUUUCUGCUACGUUUCCUCUGAAGGACUUCCCACUGAAAGCCUCACGUGUGGAUUAUUCCCACAUUAUUUGCUGCUGGAUUCCAAAAGUUCUUGUUCACUAGCAACAACAUUUUUUAACAAACACUCUUCUUUGUUUGUGCUUAAUUGGGAAACUAUUUUAAUCUAAUUAUACAAAUAAAAAAAUAAAAACUAAGAAUAAAAAUAUGUAAUUAUUUCUAAUUUUGCCUCUUCACCUCUUAAAAUAUGACCUGAAUAAUUAUUUUCCCCUUUGUAAUUUAAUCUGUGUGAAAGGGCGAGUAUUUUAUUUUGUAACUUUCUAAUCUUUCCUGUCACCAGUGAGCAAACUUCUUUUAAAUUCAUUUGGAAAACAGCUUUUAUUCAGGGGGAAUUGAAAAUAUUAACACAAAUAGCACUGUAGUAAAGGAGCAAAACUGGUGUUUAAAAAUAAAAUCCAGUUUGCAAGAAAAAAUGACAAGUAAAUAAUAAGAGAAGAGUAUGUUGAAUGCAUUUAUCUAUUUGUAAAAACCUGCUUGUCUGCAGAAGUUUCCAAUGUUAUCAGUAGUUUCAGCUCAAGAAUAGCUUGAGGUGUUUUGAGUGUAAAUCCGUCUAAAGCUGCCAGCACUGACAUACACAGCAUAUGCUAAAUACAGAUAAGAGUAUUUUUAAUAGAUCUGCAAAAAGUCUCCCCACAUAGCUCAAUGGAUGUGCUUUGAAUGUAGUUGAUAAGUUGGCUUAAGCUGAAUGCUGUAUCCCACUGCAACAUUGUGCUGCUGGGUGAGCCCAUCACAAACUAGCCUUCCAAUAAAGACCACUUCCAGGGGAGGGAUUAUAGAAAAGCCUUCGAGAUCAGCUUCAUGUCUUACUAGACUUUCUGAUUAUAAAUAGUGCUAUGUUACAGAAAAAAAAUAGGCAUUUUCCAAGGAUCAUAUGAAGAAAAAAAAAAUCUGUAAGCCAUUUAUUUACCUACAAUGUCAAACUGAGCACAAGAAGUGGCGUGAGAAACGGUCACAAAUUUUGUUUUCAAUCCCUUAAAAUUUAUUUGUAUUCAACCAAAAUUUAAUUCUUCUAGUUAUUUUAAAAUAUUACAAUUUGUUUUCUUUUUUAAAAUCCAAAACACCAAAAUGACAUUUGAUGACCUGAAAAAAUGAGGCUUGAAACUUUGCGAAAAGACUCUGGCAGAAGACGUCUCCAUACAAAAGUUGCUCUGUGGUCAGACUCCUGUGUGUUCAUUCAAGUCUGUUCGCUCCGUGAACUCAGGUCGUGAACUUUGCCUCGUGUUUUUUUUUUUUUUUUUUUUUUCUUUUCAGAGUGAGGAGAGUUUUCUGUUGCUGGUUAUAUUUCCUUAAAAAGUCAAAUACUUAUUCUUACACCUAAAAUUUUUCAGAUUUACAACCAAAUCAACAAGAAAAAAAAGAAAAAGUUUUAAAAAAGGUGGUCGGAUGAAGAGCAGCACAGAAGACAGACAGACAGAGAGUGGAGUGAGUGUCGUGCGUCUUUGUUUCUUUUUAACUCUCCUCAGGUCAUCUGAUGGAGGAAUAAGAGGGGCAGAUAAGCCUCUUUUAUGCUUCCAAGCCACUUAAAGAGCUGAAGCACCAGCUUCUGUUGCUACACUGCGAGGAAGAAAACAAGUCAUUCGUGUACAACAUGGACUCUCUCUCUGAAAUAUUCCUUCAAAUUCUGGAUUUUCUGUAAACUGGAGCUCACGACUUUGACAAUCUGUUGGUUUCAUUGAUCGUUAAAUUACGAGGUUUCUCUAAAAAUGUCUGAAAAAAACACAGAAAAGUGCAUUAUUGUUUAAAAAAAGACCUUUCAUUGUAAUAGAAUAAACUUUAAAAAUAUAAGAAAUAAAUUAUGAAGCACAGAGUAAAUGUUUGUUCACGCACAUUUUUAUUGGCUUGACUUUUAAUGCACAGGGAAAAAAAAGAAAAUCAGAGAUCUUUCUUCAGUAAUAUGGAAAUGUCCUGAGUUCCUGCGAUAUGUCACGAGGGCAUCUCUUCUCUGUCUCCUUAAUAAGGCGCUUCUGCAGGCCUCUACUGUAAUAUAUUUCACCAAUAAAGGAAUUCCAAAGCCAGCCUGGCCUUUUGACCAGCACUGAGAGCGAGGAAAGCAGCAGGCUGCCUCUGCUAACUAGGCUUACUCUCCAAUAUUAGAUACCUGUCCCCUGGCUUUUCACAGGGGGGCUUAGCAGUUGAUAUUUUCAUUUGGUCCUGCCAAGAUGCGACACCCCCGCUUUAAUCUUGUGUUUGACGUUAAGCGCUCUGUUCAUGAAAAGUCUGCGUGAACUCCAACCUUGGGGUGGUGCUGUCAUACAAAAAUGAUGUGGUGGGGGAGUGAGGCUGGCUGCUCUAUCCUUGACCUCUCCCAUUGGCCUGCCAAAGUCUUUCCCCUGCCCUUCUUAAUCAGGUGGGACCCUUCCCUUUUACAGCGAGGAUGGGAGAUUCUCUGCAUCCAGCUGCGUCUUUUAUACACACCGGCACAGAUGUCUGCAGAUAAAGACGCGGAGGAGAACUUUUAUGAUGGAAGACAGGCGACUGCGUCUCUUCAAGACAAAAUAAAGAUCCUAUUAGCGAGAAAACUCUGAAUUAUUUGAGUGUUUUUGAAAAUAGUAUCAAGCAAGAUUAUAAUACUCUUAAUUAAAAACAAAGUUCACUUCUCUUUCAAACAACAUCUGCAAGCGCUCCUCAUGUUGGCAUAUAUCAGAAGAAAGACAUGGGUACUGAAGGAGUAUACUAAUGAAUUUCUUAUGACAGAUAACUACCCCCUCAUUCAGCUGAAGGUAUUGUCCUCUGCUUCCAUGUUAGCAUUUAUCGGGAUGUUGAGGACAAACAAGCCACUUCUGGGCAAUCGUUAAGAUGAGUUUCCCUCCUGAUUGAUGUGUGGAAUCAAUUGCUCCCCAUAGCAUCCAUGUCAGUCUAUUACCACAGAGCCUGGUAAUGACAGGCUGUUCUCCACAAGAUUAUAGAGCUCCGCCACAAAGCAACAAAGACAUGUUUCCCUGAGUCUGACCUGGUCUGCUAUAAUUGAGACUAGCUUCGUUUUUAGUUUGCAGCUAAACUGGAAAAAAUUACAAUAUUGAUGGGAGGGCGGCUUUAUUAUGUAUAAAAUAAUGUUUUAUGCUGUAGUGCGAUGAAUUAUUAAUAUGUAUGAAUAAGUGUUAUUGUUUUUUUAUUGUUUUUGACAAGAAAAAAAAAAAACUUUGCAUAAGCGCUUUUGUUGGAAAACCAUUUUUGUGUUAUAUUUGCUCUAAAAAAAAUCAACAGGAUCACAAUCAAAAUGCAAACCCCAACCACGACAAAAGUCAGUCCAGGCUUUCCAAUGCAAACAGAUUUAAAGUGAUCCAAACAACAGGUGUUUUCUCCUCCAAAUGCCCCUCUGUGUAACUGUCCUUUUUUUUGUCAUGUGAACACCACACCACAGCUCUCUUACUGCCAAGAUGACUACAGUCCAAGCUACUAAGUGCCAGCAGCACUGCAACUCAUUUAGUUAGUGGCCCAGAGAUGCAGCACACAUCCCUGAUCCUGAUUACACAUGAUCAAAGAUGAGUUUUCAACAAUUAGAUUAUAUAUUUGAGCAUGCCUGUGUUCCUCUGAGAAGUCUAAUUGAAAAGACGCUAGAGUUUCAUAACACAACAAUUGGCAUUUUUUUUCUUCAGGUUGCCCUCAAUCAGUGUGUAAAGCUACAGUAUGUGCUGCAUUUAAUUACCUACAGUUAAUGUGAUUAUCAGAAAAUAUGCUGCGAAUCAAGCGAUUCCUGCCCUAAGUGAUAUCAUACUGCCGAGUUAGAGUUGGAAAAAGAUGACAUGGGAACUUCAGUCAAGACAAAAGGCACAAGCUAAUGAGACUGGUUACCGAUUCAAAUUUAUGGAAAUUUUAUUAAUUACACACACCUAUCUUUCAUCUGUACCAUUUGGUGGUGGAGUAAUUAAAAGCAACAAUGACAGUCCCAGCAGAAAGCAAACAAGAUGAAAGAAAGUGGAGCAGUCGGGGGAAAAAGUGUGGAUGAAGUGAACUGGGCCUGGCCGUGGGCAACUAGGCCUCAUUAAAGUCACACUGUGUUGAUCAGCAAUUAACCUGCUUUGUUUGGCGUCUGAUUUUAACACCGCUCUGACUCUGCUCUUCAGUGAUGAAGGUUUGUGAACCGUGUUUAGCUGGAGGUGACCGGGGCAGAUCAGAAGAGCUGCCUGGUGUCAUGAAGGAGCAACUUUUGAUUGGUUGAUUGGAAAGGAUGAUUGACCCGGUGGAGUUAACUGGCCUCGGCUCGUAUUAGAGAAAACUGCUUCUGCCUGGAAACAUCUUUUGACUAUAAUCUGCUGUUGAUCUUAUUAACCCGAAAGAAGAUAUAAUAAUAUUUUAAAAAGAGCCACUUGUUUUUCUGUACUCUGUUGAACUGAAGGCUGAGAGGAAUGAUCACAACAGCUAAUGCAUCACUUUUAGAAAUCGUACAUUUACGUACAUGUCAGAGAACUUAACUAAAUUGCUGUUGUGUUUUAUUUUAAGUCACAGUCUGGCAUUUGUUUUAAACUCAUAAUUAUUUACAUCUGGCAAAACUUUAAUUUGUUAAAUAGGAUGUCAAACAUGGCAUCGUCUUGACAUUCAAAGACACUGUUGACUUACAUCUUUUGUGUGCUUUUAACCAUGCCAGGAUUUAAAGCCUCUUAAAUCAGGAUAAAAAUAUGUUUGAAAAGUAGAUGUUUUUUCUUCACUAUUCAAAGGUUUUCAGCGAGAUCACUUUGAGAUCAGGGUAUUUGAGUUCUGGACUUCCGCUCAAGGUAGAGGAAAUGUGGAUGCUGACAGUGAACCUCCAGAGACCCUGUGCUGUAUGGACAACAAAUGGACGGCUGGUCUUGACUUUUAUUAUAAGCAGUGGAGGUCAUAUUUAAAAUGAGAGAUUAGCCGCUCAUCACAAUAUUGGUGGAUUAUCAACUACCUGCAAUGAAAGCAACCCCUGGCUCUGGGUCGAUAAGAGUUUGACUGCAUUUCGAAUUAAUUUUCCUCAGCUUAGGGAGCCGCUCUCCUAUCUUGUUAUUGAUCACAGCGUUAAUCCAUAACCAGGCUCAUCCUUUCCCCGCGGAGCGAAAAGAAAAAUAUAAAACGAACGCUGUGGAGGACUCUUGACUCUGUCUCAAAAACUGAAACAGACUUAAAAGCGAUUAGAGUUCAUUAUUUAAGAAGACGCUCCCAGUCUAUUGUUUCACAUGUCCGUCCGUUUGCUAUUGAUCUCUACAUGUUUAUUGUCCCUUUUCCCAUUUUACGCCAACAUUUCUCUUGCUCUGUAUUCCUUUGGUCAAGGUUGUGUUUAUACAUGACAAUUGAUUGAUUUCCCCGACAGCAGGGACACUUCACACCUCAGCUGCUCUCUCUGUUUGUCUUUUCCAACAGAGGGACCUCCACUGUGGAUGAAAUUUAGCCCUGACCUCUGACCCUUGGGUUCAGCGUUUGUCUCCAGUCCAGUGACCACAAACAACUCCUGGAUUGCUGUAAAUGUCAGUGCAGCGGCGUCUCCGCCCUCUCCCCUGUGAACCAUAGGCCUGCACUCAACCUGCACUAAUAGGACACUUUCAUGAGAGCUCCAUUAUGGGUUCUGCUGUAUUUGAUAUCUCACAUUUCCUCCUUAUAACGCCUUUAUUAACUGAACUCCUGUCAUCAAACAAAGUGCAAUCAGGCGGGUGUCUCUUUAGUUUUUAAAGUUUCUUUUUAUUCAUCUUUCCAGUGCUCUGUUUUGGCGGCGCUGUGUUUACAGCACUUUUCAAAUCCUGAUAUUGAAAUCAUUUUAAAGAUGUUCAUUUUACUCUGAAAUGAAAGAUCUAAGAUACAAAGAUUUUAGAGCCGCAGGACAGGCUGCUAAAAGUUACCCAUUUAGCAGGCAUAGCAGCUGGUCUCAUCCAUCAUAAGGCUCAGUUAUAAUAGAAUGUAAUUCAUGUUCUGCAGACAUUGGUUGUAAUGCAUCCCAUUUUGAAGCACUUUGGCUCACCCUUCCCCCCUCCCAUAAACACACACGCUCCUUUUCUCCCCUCCCAGGGCCUCCCGAGGUUGGUGUCUCUGCGUUAGGACUCCAUUGUUGCCUACUGCUGGAUAAUGCCCUUAUUAAUUGUACCUCUUUGUAAGGUGUCAGCUGUAGCCUCAGAUUGAGAUGGAUGGAUCUCUGGAGUCUGCUCCCUGGCCCUCCACAGACGCUCUAUCUCUGCACAACACACAGAUGCAACAGUGAGUGCUGCCACAGACACACACUACCACUAAAAGCACUGAUAUAAAAAAAACUGCAUUUUUAAUUAUUCCGCCAAAAAAAAAAGAAACAUGUUCCCAAACUGAGGAAGACUAUUUCUGCCUUUGCUGAGGUGAGCCAACAUGUGAUGUGAUUUAAUCAUCUGAAUAUCAGAACAGUGAUGAAAUAUCUUUUUUUAUUGAUUAUUUUAGUGUGUUGCAGAAAUACUGCUUAAUUAGGUGGAUUGAAGCCUCAGUGAGAUCAACAGCAUUAACAUCAAAUCCUUUCCCUCUCAUUAAAGGAAACAGAGUCAAUUUAAUUAAUGCAUAUUAAUCCCCACUGAUGCUCAUUUUAGCUUUAGAAAAAACACCACAGUGUGGACUUCAUCUGUCUCAAGAAAUUCAGGUUCCAAAUGGGUGUAUAUUUGAUCGCUUUCCCCAUAAUCUUUAUUUAAUGAACUCUAUAAUGGGGAAGGGCUUUACCUGUAGACAAAAUCUCUUUCCUGUGUGUUUACUUUAUUUGUAUAAGUUCCAGACUAUAACUUAACACCUUGAUUUAUCGUCUCACAGUGUAGUCAUAUAGAGAUGAAGAGGUCAAUAUCCUUAACAUCAUAAGGGUUAUAAUACAGUAUGAUAUUAUAUGGAGCAUGCACCACAGUUUCUCCGAGUUACUGAACUGCUGUGAUCAUAAUUUCAACAUUAAUUGAGUCUUAAUAUCGUCCCCUUUAGCCUCUCUUCCCAUGAUACUGAGCUGCAGUAUUUCUUGUUUGAAUGUUCCCUGCUGUUAGCUUCACCAGCGUCAGUGGACUCCACUUUAACCCACCAAAUCAUCAUGAUCACACAGUGAACCAGGGAUGCUGAAGUUAAAAUAAUGAGUUGAUCUGAGGCUUCUCGCUGAUAUGUGUGGUAAUAAUUUUACAGAGGAAAAAAAAGCAGCUGAGGGAUAAAUUUCCACGAGGAGGAUCUUGAAAUCUUUGGAAAUAUAUUUAGAAAUAUUUGACAUACUUUUGAUCACUUGUUCUUAAAUUUUUGGAGACUAAAAAGUUUGAGGUUUCACACACUUAAAAUGCAAGAUUGUCAUGAACUUUCUAUUGGCUGAAAAAGUUUUCAAUCAAUGAAAUGAAUCUGAUUUUAAAGCGUCUUCUUGUUGCAUUUGUCUGAAUAUAUCCAGAUAUUUGAGAAGUUAUCUGAAAAUCCAUAACAAGUAGUGCAUGCUUUCUUUAAAGUGAAGAAAUGUCCUUUUAUUUCAUUCCUUAAACUUCUGUAUCUCCCCCUGUUCUCUGAAACAGAAGUGAAGCAGCUCAGGCAGGAGGCUGAAGUAGGAGACACAAGGAGGAGGAGAAAAAAGCACCAAGUAGAAAAUGGAGAUCCAUUCCCUUCAGAUCCCAUUUAGAGAGGCCCUGCACAUUUUUAAAGUGUCAAUUGUUUUUGUCUCUUGAAGUGUAGAUGGAAUGUUUGAAUUCCAGUAUUAACUGUAGUGCCUGCUGAGUUAAAUUAUGGUCCCUGGGCUGCGGGGUGGGAGUAAUCAAUAAGAAUACACGAGGCAGUGUGUAAUGUGUCUGCUCCUAGCAGCAGGGACACUGUCCCCCUUAGCCUGUCCCCCAGCAGGUUAGAUAAAUAUGAUAGUGAAACGGGGCACACUGGAUUAUAUGAUAUCAAUGUAGAAUCAGGGAAGUGCUAUUACACUCCCCGAGCCCACUGUGAGUACUAUUGACAAGGUUGGCUUUGAACACGGUAGUGUAUUGCUCUCUCUGUUUCCUCUCUUUUUACUCUCUCUCUCCUCUCGCUCUCUUUCUCUCUCUUUCUUUCUGCAUAAUGUGAAGAACCACAGGAGGAAAGGAUCUAUAUUUCACUUAGCUUUGAUUAAAACGGCUAUUUUAUGCCUGUGCCUUGAAGUUGGGUUCAUUGCACCCACAUGUUAAUCCAUGACGGGCGUGCUAUGAUUAUAAUUUCUAAAUAUCCUCACACCUUUUUUUUUUUUUUUUUUGAACAUCAGAAAUCAGUAACAUAAUACACAAUCAAUAUGCAAUCGAUUUGAUUUUUAAGUGUUGAUAAAAUUGCCUGACUGAUAACUGGUUCUUCUCUCCGUCUCAUGUUGACCCCUUCAAACGUCCGUCCAAUUAACCGGCGUGCCCACAUUGUUGUUGUUGUGCGGCUGGUUGCUCAUACAGUAACCUCAUAUCACUGAUCUACUCAGACUAUUGAUUAGCUCUCCAGCUCAGCGGUGAAAGGAUCAAACCUGGCACAACUAAAAAGGCCAUUAUCAGCAUCCUCUUCAGAUAACCUGCUACAACCUGAUACAGGCCUUUGUGCAGGUCAUAACCCCCCCUGCCCUCUCCAGCCAUCUAACCCCCUCACCUCUCCACCCCUGACCAUCAUUAUCAUUCUUGUGUUAAAUGACACGCAGGUCAAGAAAACUGCACUUUGUUGAUGUCUCAUGUGAAUAAUCCAUGUUGCUGCGAGACGGCGUCUUCUAAAUGUCAGCCUCCUGGUUCAUCCAUUAGAUUUUAGCUCGGAAGAACAAGAUUCUGUCUUAACACUUUAAGUUGCAGCAAUAUUUUACAAAUUUGAUUAGAUAUGAUGUUAAAUUAUCUUGAGGUGAUUUUUAAAAACAUGUCAGCUUCUUAAUUUCACUCGAGUUUACAGAGAAUUGUUUUAACAUAGGAAAAAAAAACAUGUUGAUAAGAGAUGUAAAAUUAAUUAAAGGUUUAAAGCAGCAACCCAUAGUCUUUAUUUGCAGACUUUCAGUGAUUCUUUUAUUUCAAUUAAAACCCUCAAAGGAUGCCGAGGUCUGGAUCUGUGUCACUGUUACACUCCCCAAAGUGCAUUUUGCAUUCUGAGAGGAAUCCAGAUAUUAAAGCAUGUUUUUUGGGGGCCAGGUAUUAGUGACAUCUCGGCUGCUUUCACACAAAAGAUUUGGCAGAAGCUAAUUUGCAUAAAGGUCAGAGUCAAGCUCCUGAUGGAAGUUGUGCAGCAUCCCCGUCUCUUAGCAACACUCUUUCUCUCCUGGUGUCUGUGCUGAAUUGGCUGGUCCUUGGCACUCAUCUUUCACCAAGAAAAUUCAUAAUGAAAUGCCACCCGGCAACCUGCAUCUAUCACAAGAGACACUCCUCACUCCCCUCUAGGGCUGCAAUACUUUUACAGUGAAAUUAAUAAAUGGCUGCAUUGUUUAAACGGAGGAGAAUGUCAUUGCUAUGUGUUCAGAUUUUCAGGGACUUUGGUUGUUGGGGGGGAUAAACAUGUUUGUUAAGAAUUGUGCCAAGAUUAGAGGCAAAUUAGCAGGUAAUUGGAGACACCUGCAAAACAAAGGGGAGGAUGGAGAUGUGGCAGUGUGGAGGCUGAUAAAGGGAGAGAUUGGGCUCCUGCCCUGGCCUCCACCCAUUUAUUGGUGGGGGAAAGCGUUUAAAAAGAGGGGAUUUGGUAUGUUGAGGAAUUGACUUUUGUUCUCCUCCAUGGUGACAGCAUCCAGAUGCAGCAAAGAGAUGUUAAUAGAGGGUCAAUUUUUGGACAAUAGUAUCUAUUUUUGCUUUCACAGCAGCUUUCACCAUCCUCCAAACUGGACACUGUGAGUUAAAGAAGACGUGCUCCAGUUUCUGAUCAAAUCAUCAGCAUAAGUCUGCUGAGGAGCUCAGUCAAACUUUCUAUAAUAGGUCACAAACGUCCACAUCCACUCCCACUUCUCGUCAACCCUCCACGCCCCUCUUUUUUUUUUUCUUUUUCUAACUCCACGUCGCGCGUGCCCAGCCCUGACAGGUGACACGAAACCUGCUGUUGGCUGCUGCGUCCUAGUCUGCCGAUUUACUCGAGUCGUUUCCACGCAGAGUUCGUCUGUGGGGGUCUCUGUUAGUGGGAAUUAUUUCAGCUCUCUGCUGCAAAAAGCACGUGCACCUUUAAGUGACUUAAAACACUACGACACUGGAAACUGCGCCGAUUUAUCAUUAUUAUUAUUAUUUUUCUUAUUAUUAUUAUUGACCUAUUGAAAUUGAAAACAACGGUGACAUACAUUUUCAGAAAGAUUGGUCCAAAAAAAAAUCACGGCUGAUUUCAGAGGGUUUUAUUUUUUUUAUUUUUUUUAUUUUUUAACAAUUUUCUUUAUUUUUCUUUUUCGUGUUGGCGUGCACGUCUCAGAGCCGUGGUGCAGAUAAACCAAAAGUUAACCAAACUAUAGAAAGUGAGGAAAAAGAGGAGGAUGUUUUUACUCGUAGUUGGUUUGUAAUUUAUUUUAUAUCUCUUACCUUAAUAUUUUUAUUUGGAUUUUCCAAAACAGCGCCUUUAAAUGUCAAUAAUUCAGCCGCUUUAAAAUGAUCGGUAGUGGUUUUUAAUGAAUGGACAGAUAGGUCAGGGAGUCUUAUAAACCCUGUAUGAAUCUAAUUCCUGCUGCUCUGUUCUGUGUGCGACAGUAUCAGUGUGGAGUGAACAGGAGGACGCUCUCCUCUCCUCUCUCCUUUCUCUCUCUGCGCGCUGCUCUCCGCUGACAGAGGUCGUCCACUUUGUGUCGCUCGGCUUCACUGAUUUCAUCCAAAACCCAAACGGCUAAUUGUUCUCCUUAAACAGCGGUUCAGUCCUGCCCAUCCAGACCCAUGCGAAGCUGUGUAAAAAAAAAAAAAAAAAAAACAGUGCCAGCAUAAUUACUAGUAAACCUUUUUGAGGAGGGGAUUAUUGAUCGAUGGAGAGGGAGUGAGGGGAAAGCACCUGCUCUAUGUGUCCAUCUCGGGACCGUGAACGCACCACCACAGGUCUAAUUUCUGAGACGUUCAGGUGGGAUGUGUCUCAAUUGGUGCUGAGAUCAGAGGCUGUGAUUGUCUAUUGGUUCGGACUGGGCUGCUCACUGCAAUUCUGGGAACUUUUAUUGCAAUCCGCAGAUUGUAAUGAUGGAGAGCCCUCGAUGUGGCAGCACUGAUUACAUCACGCACUCCCCCCGUGUGUGUGUAUGUGUGCGUGUGUGUGUGUACCUUUCAUCUCAGGUAUUUAUUCGUCCUGCGCGCGCCGCAAAUAGCCACAGCCUCUAUACGUCUCCGUCAGUGUUCAUGUAGAGCCGCAGUCUCCAUUACGCACAGUGAGAUUACCAAUCUGACAGUUUGAUUUCAUCCAUUAUUCAUUCAUUUAUUGAUCUCAGUCUUUAAUUAGAAGUCAGACAAAGAUGGCGUUUAAACACAUCCAGGUGUUUUAUUACAUUUUGUGUCAAAAUACACUGCUCAUUUCCUAUUGGCUGCCUCAGAACUUUUGUUAAUAAAUAAUAUAACACACACACCGAGUGAACUCCAGGGCUCGUUCACGCGUAUUAAUGAUGUUUCUGUGCACAUAUACUUUGAAAUGAUAUGUGUGUAAGUGCUGCGUAGAAAAUGUCACAUAAUUAUUAACUCCCCUUUGGCUAAAUUUAGCUACACUUACAAAAGUAAAUAACUCAUUAUUUCAAAAUAAAAGACCUCUGUAAAAACAAGUAAUCUGGUCAGCUAAUUUUACUGCAGUAUCAUAACUGAUGCAAAAAUGUGUGAAUCUGCUGUAGUUGUUGGUCAAGGUGGAGAUCAUUUUAAUUUUAUAUAUAUACAAUUAGGAAGUUGACUUUGUGAUGAUGUCUGAUAUUUUAAAGGAGCAUCACACAUUUUUAUUCUAAAGCUUGAACUGCAGCAGCUCAAUAAAUGCACAAGUAAAAUAUGUCCCAUUAAAUGAGCAGUUUGGAAAAGUUAAAUUCUGUAUCACAAGUAUUUCCAUUUUAGUUACACUGCUGAUAUUUAUCGUACUUCUUUAACUGACUGUUUUAUUUUAUAUUUUUUCUAAUUGACACCCAAAUUCCCAGUGACUUCACACAACCCCAAUAACUAUAUUUUAAAGACAACUAACAGCAAAACAGAAUACUUCCAUCUGUGUGAAAAUAGCACUGCUAUGGUAUUCAUAUCUACAUAGUAUGAAAUGAGGAAAAUCAUGUCAAGGGUUUGAUCCAAGAGUUCUGCUCUCUCAUGUUAUGAUUUAAAUGAAAUCUGAUCAAAUACACUGAUGGGAAGUUGAAUCAGAAUCAGCUUUAUUCACCAGGUACGUUCACACACAAGUUAUUUACUCUGUAUGACAGUAAACAUGAACAUUACACUAAUAUGUACAAGUCUAUGUUAGAAAUUAAACAUUUAAAAUACAUAAAAUAUUGCGUAAGAUGAUAAAACAGAUUAUACAGAGUGCAAAAAAGCAGAAUGAUAGAAAAAUAUCUAAACAUUUAUGUAGUUGUGUGUCAAAUGGGUUAAAAAGAACAAUGCAGGAUGUGAUCCACAUUCAGAGCUGUGUGUAAAAUCACUGCCAUCUAAAUGUAUGAGAAUGAAGGAAAGCUAACCAAUCCUAAGUGCCCGGUUACUUUCUCUGCUGCAGCUGACAAUAAAUCACACUCAUGUGUGCAGCCUGUGAUCACUAUCAGCUUGUGAUUUGCAGCAUGUUCUUAUGAGAGCCCUCCCUGUGACAUAUGGAGAUGCUUCCUCCCACAGCCACACCUGACUGAUCCUCUCCUCUCUCUCUCUCCCUCUCUCUCUCUCUCUGCACAGAUGAUAUCGCACCGCUCGCUGUGACAAGAUUCCCAAACGGCUCCUCUCCUUUACAGAGAAACAUGUCGUCUGACCAUGUCACCCAGCUACACCCAAAUAUUGUGCAUUGUUGCUAAAGAGAGGUCAGGAAACCAGCGAGUCAGGUUCUUUUUUUUCAGGCUGUGUUCUCUAAUUAAGUAUUCAUGAAGCAGCAGUGGGAGCAAAGUAUAGGUUUACACUACACUGGUGGUUCCCCCCUCCCUCCCUGGUGUGUGUGUAGUCCUAAGCCUCACCCCCCUACACACACACAAACACACACUGCCUGCAGACAGGCCAUCAUUCCUAGUGUACUUCCAGCAAUGAUAUCAAAAAGGUUUUCUUUUUUUUUUUGGUCAAGCCAAAGAGAGGUCGCUCUAAUAAUACCCAAGGUCAGUAGUGGGAGCCAGCGAGUCUCCCAGUCAUUAUUCAUUUGUUCACAGAGUUAAUGACAGUUGCAGGGGGAUGAGAACUUGGAGCCAGCAGCCAUGUGAUGUCACCAACACAUGCCAAGGGAUUAGGAGGGCAGGCAGAGGACAAGAAGUGUGGAUUAUACAGGGGAAAAAAAUAAUAACAACAGUCUUUAUUGUCCGGUCACUCAACUCUUGAAGUUAUAAACCGCUGGAGCUGGACAGAAAUAUGCUAAAGUAUCAGAGAGUAAGAAGAAAACGACACGAAGUACAGAGCUCAUCAUGAGUGAUGGUUCUGUUUUUGUUGAUUUGAUACUUCUACCUUAAAUUACAGGAACUGGUCGUCUGUGUACGAGUCUGCACUGCUGGUGAAAAACUGGUGAGAAUGAACAAUGAACACACCUUAUUCAGGCAGCGCCCAGCAAACAAUGAACCCCUCCCUCCUGUCUAGCACCAUGUCUGAUAAUGACCACAUCCACCAGCUCUGAUAGCGCUCCUCUUUUAUGACCUACAUGAGCAUAAAUAGGGCUCAGAUAAAAACCUUUCAGGGAGGAUAUUGAGAAUAUGAUCAGCUGUGCAAAGUGUGAUUUCUUCAUGUUAUAUAAAGAGCCACAUGUUGCACAUGGAGAAGAUCUGCUGGUCACUUGAUCUGCUCAGGGAAAUAUGUGGGUUGUAGCUCUGCAUGGAAAAAGAGAAACGCACUGCUCCAUAUGUUGUUGUUCGUUGUGUCUAAUCAACAUCUCGUGAAAGUCUUUGUUGCGUCCCUUUAAGCGUCUCUCUUGUUCCCUCAGUCACAUCUGCUGAAUAUUUCCGCAGAGAAGAAUCUGCUUUUUGACAAACUCUGCAGCAGGAGUCUGCGUCUCUCAGCGUCUAACAUGCAGAUACAGUAGAUUCCCUGUUUGAGCAGAAGGUCAGGGUAUAAAUCUGAACUGCGUUUUGCAUUACUUUCAGAUGAGUGAAGCUGUCAGAGCGAUAAUAUGAGCUUUCAGUCCUACUUUCUGCCACUUCUCCCCCAUUCUAGGACCGAGGGGUCAUGUGAAAAUUGAAAGUGACAGUCAAAGCAGCAUGUUGAACAGGCUGAUUGGGCUAAGCUGUCACGGCCCAGAUCAGAGCUCUUUAACACCAGGCCUAUCAGAGGUCCUUCUGUUGCAGCCACUUGAUCCAAAAAAUAAAAGCCUGACAAGGAAAAGAAAAUAUUAGCCUAAAGCUGUCAGGUGCAAAUCUGAAAAGCUUUGAUUUAUGAGCAGAUUUUCGCUGUUCUUGGUGCAGUGAUCAACAAACUUUAUUAACCAGAGAGACAAACUUUAUAAAGUUGUCUAAAAAUCUGAGAGUUCACUGAGGGGCUCUCUCUUUUCAUUUCCACGCUGAGUUGAAUGAAGUCCGGCAUUUCUCCUUCUUCUUCUUUUGUGCUUGUUUGAAUGAAAAUGUUUGUAUCACCUGUUUUGUGGAUGAUUUAAUGAGCACAUGAUGCUGUCAGAUGAAAGAAUUGGACUUUGUGGAAAGCAUUCCCUGUCAAUUUAUAUUUAGUUUCAUAUGCAGCUUUGCAUGAAGCUCCGUCAAAAGCAAUCAGGCCGCCGUUGUCCAUUCAGAUGAUAAUAAAUCACGUCAUUAUCACUUUUCCUGCGGUCCAUCUUUGAAAACAGAGGCAGAAUGAAAUAUUUUUGUCAGGUGGAAGAAUAACUUAUGAUCCUUUUAUGUCCUGCUGAGAACCCUUGAAAAUAAUAAUACAGCACAGCAGAAGCACAUGAACAAGUGAAAGGCAGCGAGUGUUAUAAAUCUGAUGGGAUUUGCAUAUUUUGCCUCCAGAGCAAGACGCAGGCAGAAGAAAUCACAUGAUGUAUGAGAAGAAGAAGAAAAAAAAAAAGACGCGGUUAGAAAAGACACUCAGAAGUUGGGGUUCUUACUAAGAAGGAUAUGUUUCUCCAGAACUCACUUUUGAUUGAAAACGUGAGGAUUUCAAGUGAAAAGCUUCUUGAAGUUGAUUUUUCUCUUAAAUCUGAAAGACUCACAAGAUUAUUAAUCAAAUAAUCAGUCACAAUGUGCCUACUUGACCCUUUUUCUCUUUUCUUAACGGUUUCUCUUUGGUUUACUCCUCUCGUUUCAAAACAUUAGCUUUAGUGCGGAGUUAAAAAUGCUUCAAGAGCAUCUAAACAGGCUCACAUGUCGCCUGUCAGAUAGUCUUAGGCCCUGGACGGGAUCACUGUCACACAGCUCAGGAAUCAAAGAGUCACAUCUUGUUGCGUCUCCUGCUGUGCUGAGAGUUUGAAGAGUGGGUUAAGGAUCACAUUGUUGUGUGUUUGAAAGAGAAGUUGUCAAAUUUAGUCCAUUAAAAUCUGUGAAUUUUUUGAUGUGAUUCAUGCCAGUGUUGUUAGAGCUAUGUCAUGUAAAACAAACAACAUACAAACACAGGAAUCACAUCAGUUUGGGGAUUUUUCAAGGACAAAAAAACCUGAAGGACAUUAUAGAAAAGCUUAAAUAAAAACUAAAAAAUUAACUGUUUUAACUUUAUAAAACUUGUUUUUCUGUGAGGUCCUUCAAAUGCAAGAAUAACAAAGUAAAGGUGGCUUCACUCUCCUGGUUUUUGUCCUGAGCUGUGAUUGGCUAAAAUAUGUUAAUUUAAAUGCUUUAUGGGCUUUAGUCCAUAUUGUGUGUGCCAACAAGAGACAAAAAAAAAUGUUGAAAAAGAAAAAAUAAUAACAAAAGUUUUAAAAUGCUCAUUAAAUAAAAAAAAAAAAAACAGGUUACAAAUAAAGAAAUAAUAAUAAUCUCUGAAUUUGGUUGAAUUUUGCAGAAUGUGUAAUCAUCUUUGUGAAAAAGUGAAAAAAAAAAUUCACCCAAUUAGUAGUUUAAUAACUUCAUCUGUUGCUUAAUUCAAAAGUUGUUGUCGUAAGUAGAAAGCAGCUUUAAAUCAGAGGAAUCAUCUCUUAAAAGAAAUGUGAUUUUUGAUCAGACAGAUGAAAUGAUCUCCACUAAAUAUCUACUGACUUCAGCAAAACCUCAACUCUGGCUCAGGCAUGUGAAAAACUGGGAAGUAUCAGUUAAAGAGGCGAGUGACUCCCUAAAAAUACCCGAUAAUGAAGCUCAUAAAAGUCUUAAUUUGAGUCCUGAUUUCUGUUUGGAAUUCAAGGUUUAAAAAUCUGUUUCACGUUUAAUCUGAAAGGCUUCUGACUGCUCCAUGAGAGAGGAGUGAAAUACUCCAGAGUUGUUUUCCUCCGCUGCUCCUUUCGCUCGACACACACACACACACUAACACAGCAAAUUAUGGGAGAGUGUGGAGCAGGUUUUGUGCACACACACACACACACACACACACACACACACUGACAGUCAGACAUUAGAGACACUGUUGCUUUAAUUGUGUGAUACAUGUUUUAAUGUAAGAACAAAAACUUGGGCUCGCCUCCCUCCUCUAAAGGAUCAGGUAAAAGGCUUGUCUCUCCUGCCUUCCAAAAAGCACUCGUCCUCCCGUGUCCAUCCCAACAUCACAAUUCUCCAACCCAUGUUCUCCUUUUUUUUUUUCUCAUUCCACUGAUCUGAGCUUGAAAUGCGAAGACAGCAAAGCACUAAGCCUUCAAACGUGUGAUUUUUUCAAAAGAUCUCUAGAAGCAAUCUCUGCCUGACUGACCCCUGACAGCUGCAGAUCUCUUUAUUUCUCUCUCUGCUGGCACUUCAUUUGGUAGAAAAGCUCUCAGAUUCACACCUCUAUCAGGCAGCACCAGUGUUUAUUAUGUGCAUACACACGGAGCCUCCCAUACAGUGCGCACCUCAAAGACAGGCAAGCUGCAGAUUCACUCAAAAUCACAGAUAUUCAAGACACUAAUGACAUUUUUUUCUCAUAUUUAUUGCACGAAAAUCACCACAGAAACAUCCAAAGGUAUUGCUUAGAGCUAGUUUCGACACUCUUGUGUAAAAAUGUAUGUUUUUUUUAGUGCCAUAACAAAGAAAGGGAGGCUACUGGUGCACCUUAAAUUUGACUUUUCUCACGUUUUUAUUUCUGCUGUCUAGCUAAGAAAUAAAAACAUAAAAAAAUACACUUAAAUUCACUGAAAUUCCCCCCCAAAAAAGACAAAAAGAGCUGAAAGUAGUGUUCAAAUCUAAGUGUGCAUUAUUGUCUGAUAACAUAGUCCAAGACAGAUGAUCUGCAGAAACACAUGCAUUACACAAGCUGUAUAAGUAGCAGUUCCAUUCAGAUACACUCUCCCAUGUUGUGAAAUUCAAAGCAUCCACACCACAACAAAAUUACCUGAACAAAAGCAUGUGUUCUUAUGUGCAGUUUGUCCUGCUUUUAUUGUGGCAGCUCUUCCUCCGUCACUGGGAGUGCAGGGUCUGCAGGAGCCUCCCUCUCUGGAAAUGAGACUGCAGGCUCUAUCAUUAGAUCGGAUGGCAAGUCUUUAUGCAAAGUGUUUUGCAUAAUUACAUACCAAAGCCAGAAUAGCCACCCUCAAAUUUUAUGGGUCACAAAGCAUCAACAAUUGCCGCAUUAUUGUCCACCAAAGUCCAGCCCCACCAAUGACAAGAGAGCAAGAAAAGAAGAAGAAGAAGAAGAAGAAGAGCUGUACCAAGUCUACACUGAGGAGACUGAAUUUUCCUUCCUAUAAAACUGAUUUUUUUUAUUUCCAAACUGAAAACCUACAAAGUUUGAAGGACCAGCCAAGGCUGCAGAGAGCUCGUGCAUCAAGUCCUCAAGAUGUAACGGCUGCAGCAUCGGUCCAUACCUGCUCUGCACGAGCUCCAUCCCUGCUCAGCACGAGCUCUGUCCAAAUGAAGUUUUCUUUUUUUUUUUUAAAUGAAAAUAUAAAACUUUUUAAAAGCAGAUUUGUUUUUGUUCGUUUUUUAUUUAAGUGUUUCAGUCAGAGUAAGUAUCUACAGUUAACACAUAAGGCUAUAAAUGGACACCAGAGUCACUGCCGUACAGCCUGAUUAUUCCCAAUAUUAUUGAUCAUUAUUAUCAUUAUUCACGUGUUUCAUCAGAGAUGUGCUGCAGUUAAAAAGAUCAAUUUCAACAUUCUUUCAUUCCGAUUUUUCACUAAUUAAAACGAUGUCGUGUACCAAUGUUUAUCGAACCAGUUAGAGAGUUUAACCACCUCCUUAAUAUCGAUAUAUUUUCCCGUAAAUAAAAUGACAAAUAAUUGAUUAAAAAGACGAUUUGAUCAGCUUGUAUGAAUAACAUUUCACCUGUUAAGGUCAGCAGUAUAAUAUUAAGUGUCGUUAAUAUAUCAGAAUGGUGUUAACCUACAUUUCUAUCUCGAUAAUUAGAAGAUAUGAAGUUUUACAUUUAUGCAGCAAAAUUAUCGAAAAUUUCACUUUAGGCAAAAAAGAAAAAAAAAACACAUUUACCGAUAAUUUUAACAGUUAAUAUCUUUACAAACUAUUUUCUCAAACAGGGAGAACAUUGUAAAGGAUCAUAAAAUCAACGAAAUAAUAUAAAUAAACUAAUUAAAUUAAAUUAUUAAUGUUUUUAAUUUACAAAUGUCUGGAUAAACCAACACAGAUAUGAGAAAAGGUCUUAUUUUCGGGUGUUUUUUUAGUUUUCUUAGAAUUAGUAUUCUUUGUUAGGCAUUAAGAGUCCGAUAAAUACAAUUAAAGACACGGAUUUAAAUCAGAACGAAAUGCAAAACGCCUUGUGUAAAUUUUAUAAAACAGUUUUAAAAAUGGAAGCGAAAAUGUGAAUUGUUUUACAGAAAUCGAAUGAUGACUAAUAAAGAGGACGGCCCUGAAGGCAGCAGCUCUGAGCUCCUCUCAGCUUCAGGAAAAUAAAGAAAAUAAAAACUACUAAACUUCAUCUAAACUUUUUUAGAGGGUUGUAGAGAAUUUUUUCACUUCUUAAAAAAACAAAAGUUUGACGUUAGUUGUUAACAGAGCGGGGUAAAUAUGUGACAGUGGGAAUAAGGAGCGUGGAAAAUGUACAUCUGAAGUGUAAAUGUCACAUCCGGCUAAAAUCCUGAGCUCCCACUGUCUCACUGCAGACCCGCACUGUUAUUAUCUUCAAUAUUCUCACUUUCACUCUCUUGUAAGUAUCCAGCAGUAAAUCUGAAGCAACAUUUUACAACAUUUAUCACAUGUGAGAGUGAGAGACAGCAGCAGCAGCGGGGCAGGCUGAGGUGAAACAGACUGAACAGCGCCAUCUCGCUGCAGCAGACAGAUUCUCCUUCACAGUUUCCCUCUUUUUUUCCCUCUCUCUCUCUCUCUUUUCUCCCUCUUCUCCUCCUCCUCCUCCUCCUGCUGCUGAGACCCUCCGUGAAGAUUUGUCCUCUCAUAAGGUUGACCGGUUUCUGUGUGCAUAGCCAGCUCUGACAACAGCCUGCACGCUGCUGUCUUUUGGCGGCCAGCAGUCCUGUGUGUUAUCGCUGUUCAUUAGUGCAGGGGGUCCCGGAGCGGGGCCCGGACCUGCGGGGGUCAGCGGGCGAGGAGGAGGAAAGAAGAGGAGGGGGGGAGGAACUUGAGAAGUAUACUGUCAUUUCACUGCAACAAAAUAAUCACAGUCAAACAUGUCCACUAGUUCCCAAUCUGCCGUCCCGGGACGCUCGGGGGGUCACGGAGGAAGCUAAACAGGGUCCUCAGAAAAAUCAGAGGAGUCAUUGAAUUUCUCUGGUGGGUCUGGUUCGCUGCUGCGCCUUUACAGGAUGUUCAAAUUUGGUGGUGGUGUUGGAUCUCUGCUUUCUCUGCCGCUAUCUGCCCGUCUGAAGUUUAAGCAGUGUUAGUGUGUGUGUGUGUGUGUGUGUGUGUGUGUGUGUGUGUGUGUGUGUGUGUGUGUGUACGUGUAAAAUCCCACCACCACAACCACCAGCAGCAGCAGCAGCAGCAGGAGAAAGCCUGAGGAAAUGUCAGAUGUGAGUCCCCGGGACAAAAAAUAGAAAGUCUUAUCAAGCAGGGGCUGUGAGGCGUCUGAGUGUGUGCGUGUACGGGCUUUUCCUCACUCAAAGAGGUACAGGAGAGAAGUUGAUCACACACUACACUGUCUUUAAAAAUGCAUCUUUGUGCGCAGGAGCAUUGGUCGUAAAAAAUAAAACAUAAAAUUUUGUGGACGCGUAAAAAUGUGAAUCCAAAUCAAACGCAGGAGAUUUUCAGACCCACUAUCACCUAACGUGGAUGACGGUCCACGUGGGGUCAAAAAGCAUGUUUUUCUUGUAUUUUAAGUAAAUUGGUUACAGUUUAAAUAUUUUAAUUACUGUAUUUUUUUUAAUAAAUUGGCCAAUUAUUUGCAAUCUAAAGCAAAAACAUUUACAGACAGUAAAACGCAGCUAACCAAAGCGAGGAUACUGAACUAGAUUGUGUUUUUUUAACUGCAGGCCGUUUCUGCUCCUCCCGGUUAUUGA